CAACAGCUAUCAUCAGCGGCAGUCCGCAGCAGCAGCUGUGCCCUGCGGUGGCGGCAUCUGUUCAGAGGAGUUUCGCGCGGAAGAGAUCGCGAAGGUCGCUCGACCGCGCCGCAUGGAUGCGUUACGUCCUUGUGGAGCUCUAGAGAGUUGAGUUUCCUUUCACAGAGACGACUACAACGACCUGUAGAAGCAGCAAGCACAGCACCAUUCGUCUUCAGGGAUUCUCCAUCGCGAGGGCGCCGCGUUCGCGUUGCGGCACAACGCACCUCGGGCAGCUUCUGGGCGAGUUGAAGACCAACAGGGAAUACUAAUACUAGUGAUGAUGAUGAUGACUCGGGUCACGAUUCGGAUCGAACGAGAGACACGGAGAUGAAAGCGACGCAUGAACUGCAUCUUCACUUUACCCGGAGGGCGACCGAGAGGGAAGUCGGGCACAGGUCGAGGAAUUUGUCUCAUCAGGGAAUCAUUGAUCGCUGCCGUUGUAUUAUUUUUACAGCGGCUGAGUGAUUUUCUUCUUGCGUACACAAGUCUCAAACACGCACACAUACGCGUUUAUACACACACACACACGGCCGCACACAGACACACGCACACACAGACCAGCGCGCGCACAGAUGUAUGUUGAACUUCUUUCGCGCCGUACGUAACCAAUCGUGCUAAUCGGAAGUACGGGGGAAGGACAACUACAUAUGAUAAAGCAGUUCUAAAGGAAUGAGUUUUCAAUUUAGAUGUAACAACAAACACACAUAUCUAACAUUGAUCCCUCACCAGUUGCAAGAGCACUCAUUGCCGUGAGCGCACCCCUCUUGGGGCGGCCGACACGUCUCUCCCCCCGGCGCACGCGAAGCUCGCGGCUCCGACGCGGACACGGCCCCCCGCCCCCCGACAGACGUGACCCCGUCCGCCCGUGCAGAGCCGCUGGAGCGGCGGAGGAGGAGGCGGGAGAGUCGCGCGCGAGGGACGCAGCCCGACAGCAGCCACCGCGCGCCCCCCGCGACCGCCGUCAGCCGUGACCCCCCCGCCCCCCCCGGGUGGCCGUGACCCCCCCCCGGGUGGCCGUGACCCCGACGCCCCGGGUGGCCGUGACCCCCCCCGGGUGGCCGUGACCCCCCCCGGGUGGACACUCCCGCCCCCCCCCGUGCACGAUGCGCGAUUGCGGGGCGGUCUGUCCCACCGCUCCCAGCCCACCAUGACCGCGGGUGAGGCAGCCGCUCUCGUCAUCACAGCCGCGCUGCUUCACCUGGCCGCCGCGCCGCACGGAGCCUUUGGAGGAGGCGGCGGCGGCGGCGGCCUCGGUGCUGCUGCUGCUGCUGCAAGAGGGUUUGGAAGCGCGGGGGCGAGAGAAGCAGCGGUCGGAAGCGUCGGAGGAGGAGGGUCCGAGGGCGGCGCAGACCUGCUGCUGGCAGCGCCGGCGACGACGCUCGGCCGCGAUGUCGAGCGGGGCGCGCCGCGCGGGAGCUCGCGGCGGCGGCUGCUGCUGGGGGAGCUCGAGGGGAGGCUGCUCGGGGUGUUCGGGCUGCGGAGGCGACCCCGGCCCGGCGCGGGGGUCGCGGUGCCCCCCUACCUCGAGCAGCUCUACCGCGCCCAGCAGCGGCGGGGCGCGGGGCACGGGGGCGGCCCCCGACGGCGGCGAUGGGCCCGGGCAGACGAGGGGCGAGUGGGCGAGGUGGAUGUCGAGGAGGAGGAAGAGGAGGAGGAGGUCGCAUUCCCACGGCAAGCGCAAGGGAGAGCAAACACCGUCCGAGGGUUCCAUCACGACGAGUCUACGGAGAAGCUCUCGCUUGGGCAGAGCACAGAAGGCGGAACAACGUGGCACUUCCUCUUCAAUCUCUCGUCCAUCCCGGACUCUGAGGAGGUGACUGCGGCUGAACUGCGCGUGCACCACACACGCGUGCACAGCUCAUGUCCCUCAUCCUCGCCGGCAUGCGAGUCGACUCCUCGGCUGGAGCGCAUCAACGUGUACGAGGUGGUGGCGCCGCCAUCGUCGGACGCCGCCUGCCGGCUGCUGGACACUCGCGUGGUGCGCGCAAACGAGUCGCGCUGGGAAGCGUUCGACGUGAGCCCCGCCGUUUCGCGCUGGACCCGGGGCUCCGCGCCUAACCGGGGCUUCGCGGUCGAGGUGCUGCCCGUCCGGGGGCCGCGUGGCGGGGGGGCCGCCGAAGGCGUGCCCGGCGAGGCGACGCCCGCGCGGCCCCGCUCGGGCAUCGCCUCGCCCUUUCCGGGCGACGGGAGCCGCCGGACCGAGCCGAGGCCGCUCCUCGUCACUUUCGGCAGCGACGGCCGGGCCCCGUUCGCGCCGCGGGGCCGCGCGAGGAGGGGCGCCGGCGGGGCCCCGAGGCAGACGGCGCUCAGGGCGAGGCGCAAGCCGCGCCACGGCUGCAGGCGCCACGCGCUCUACGUCGACUUCCGCGAGGUGGGCUGGAACGACUGGAUCGUGGCGCCGCCCGGGUACCACGCCUACUUCUGCCACGGCGAGUGCCCCUUCCCUCUGGCCGACCACCUCAACUCGACGAACCACGCCAUCGUGCAGACGCUCGUCAACUCGGUGAACGCGAGCAUCCCUCGCGCCUGCUGCGUGCCCACGGAGCUCAGUCCCAUCUCCAUGCUCUACCUGGACGAGUACGGCAAGGUGGUGCUUAAGAACUACCAGGACAUGGUGGUGGAGGGUUGCGGCUGCCGCUAAACGGCGCCGUCAAUGCGAGAAGCGGCCCAAGUGUGGAGAGGGGCGACGCGGCGAUGGCAGGCGCGGGGUAAGAGCUCAUCAUCACGUGACCUGACCCCAUCCCUGACCCUAACAACUUCGCCUAUCGGACAUCAGCACGGACGCUACUCCUGACCACGGCCCUAACCUUGCUACAAUCAUCCCCGAUGCUUUGAAAUGAGUUUUACCUUCGGGGGCCCGAUUUUCAAUUUGACUAGAGUGAGAUAAUUGCAUGAAAUGUUGGCGACGUCUUUGCCACGAUGGGACACGUGCCAGGGCACCGCUGGCGUGCCGCAGUGCGUUCCGACGCGAGGUGUGAACACGACUCGUGGCGCUGGCAGUGAUCGUGCAGCAGGGUCCGCUCUCAUCUCGGAAGGAAUGGAGUAAAACGUGACGACGUAAACAGAAGGAACAUCCUGACUGGGCUCUCUGCUUUGGGAAGCACCACUGCAUUUUUUUUCCACGAAGUAUUGCCGUGAGAUCGGGGUGGUUGGUGAAGAAAUGGCGACUCCACAAAGAGCCCCGGGUGGCACGCCAGGCGAAGAGAACCAACGCCGUGCGGCACAAACGACUCUCGCUAUGGAACUUUCUUCCACUCUGUAUUUAUACAAAAACUAAAUAUACUGGAUGGUCAUGAACAAUUGUUUUCCUAAAUGAUUAAAUAUUUAUAUAACUAAUGAAACAAAGUCCACACAACAAAUACGUUCUGCACACGAACAUUUUACCUGCAUUAAUUUUAUCAUGAAACGUUGGGUUAUUAUCGUUAUAUUAUAUAAACUACAAUGAUCACAAAGUUUAAAAUCCUUUAUAUAUUUAUUGUUAUAUGCAUUGAUAUAUCAAACACAUGUCUGUAUUUAUAUAUUUAGCUAUAAUGAAAAUGUGAAUUUAACGUUUUUACAAAUCUGCUGUGGAUUCAUUUUUGUUUGCACCAUGAAGCCAGGAUUCGUGCAAAUACAUAAACCAAAUACAAAUAUGCCCCAAUAUUAGCCUUAACAGGCUUUUGGGGCAGGUGCUGUUAGCCGGGAGCAGCUAUAAAGGCCAGAACGGCACACCUUUGUCUCCCUGAGCGGCGUUGUUUACACACCGCACCAGGUACUCAUGUGGGGCCGAGUCGACCUAGGGGAGGCCAAGGACCGGUUCAGAUAAUCGUCACUGGUGUUGGCCAUGAUCGGGAAUCAAACUUGGGUGGCUGGGUUCAUAGUGCAGCGUGCUAAUCACGGCGCCACAUCCCCCACACUCUCACAUUCACACGUGGAUAUGGACCCACACUAGGUGCUCAAAAUCAAGGCACAAUGCCUUCACUGCACACAAAUUUGCAUUGCCACGCCCCCCGCCAUCCAAAGUCCAGUCCCAUUUAGCAGAAAACAGAAGAUGUGCCACCAUCGCACGGCCUUGAACCAUUUCACUGAAAGUGCCUCUCCAUUCUUCCACCGUCAGGAGUUAUUUUGGACGCCCUGGCGAAGUAGUUUUCGAGUGCACAGGGCACAAAAUUGGAAAAACGCAAUUCAUGAAGUGGAAAUUUAUUCACACUGUGCCUGCGAUGUCUCACACACGCGCGCACGCAAGCACACAAUAAUUAUCAUGGUCUGUGGAUAAUUAUGAGAGAUGCCCCUAGUGGUUGCUCGUGUUGGCGUGGUUGUGAUGCGUGCACUCGUGUGUGCAGGUGGCCCCACAGAACUUAGCCUGGGAGUCAGACACCCAUCCACCACCACCAUCGUUACUCGGUCACCUCCACGCCCACUCCCCACAACCACGGCUGCGUCACGACGCCCAUGUUCUCUCCACCCGCCUUCACAUCCCCCCCCCCACCCGCUUCUCAGAGUAGUGACCUCCAGCUGAGAAUCCGUAGAUUCCAAUCUUACUCCAUAUUCUUCAUCCUGAUGAUUCAAGUUAAUGUGCGGGCCUUGUGCAUGAGGCCAUCGCAGUUCAC